UCCUGUAGUCCGACAUCAGUUUGGGUUUCGGUUCCGGUGGGUUUCAAGUCAGAGAACAGCAACUGGCUCAACCUCCGCGAAGGGCGGGCCGAUCACCACGGCGGCACCAAUCCCGGGCCGUGCCCGCUUGCGGACGGUGGUGGAUCCUGGGUCUCGGACACUUAGUGACGGAAGCACCAGGUCGGGUCAUGCUUGGUGGAACGCUCUGGCUGCUGCUGCUGCUGUUGCUGCCACUGCGACCCCAGGGCACGCAGGACCACCGCGGGGCCACAAGCUCGGGGCAGGAGGACGAGGAACCGGCCGCUUGGCCGGGCGUCCAACGCCUGAAGGAGCAGCUGAGGACGGUCGGGACCCUCUCCAGACGGUACUGGGGGUUCUUCAGCUGCACUGUGUGGCCUGAUCACUGUCAUGACCAGGAGGCCCCCGCGCCGCCGCUGGGCUGGAGCCUUCCUCUGUGGGGCCGGUGGUCGCUGGAUCGCCUCACCGAGUGGUUCUGCCGCUUUCAGGACUGCUGCACCGCUGGCGGGGACUGCAGGAUCUCCAACAACUUCACAGGCUUAGAAUCAGACCUGCGUGUGCGACUGCAUGGCCAGCAUCUGGCUAGCGAGCUGGUCCUAAGAGCUGUAAGGGGCUACUUAGAGAAGCCCCAAGGAGACAAGGCCCUGGCUCUGUCAUUCCAUGGCUGGUCUGGCACAGGCAAAAACUUCGUGGCCCGGAUGCUGGCGGAGAACCUGUAUCGGGAUGGACUGAGGAGUGACUGUGUCAAGAUGUUUAUCUCCACCUUCCAUUUCCCACACCCCAAGUAUGCGGACGUGUACAAGGAGGAGUUGAGGUGGCAGAUGCAGGAGACCCGGCGGCGCUGCCAACAGACCAUGUUCAUCUUUGACGAAGCAGAGAAGUUGCACCCGGGGCUGCUGGAGCUGCUUGGACCGCACCUGGAGUCCAGGGUCCCCGAGACCCAGGGCGUUGAGCCGCCGCGGGCCGUCUUCCUCUUUCUCAGUAACCUUGGAGGCAGUGUCAUCAACAAAGAGGUCCUGGGUUUGCUUAAGGCUGGGUGGUCCAGGGAAGAAAUUACGAUGCAGCACUUGGAGACCCCACUUCAAGCUGAGGUCAUGGCAUCCACAGACAGUAGCUUUGGCUCCAGCCGUCUUGUGAAGGAAAACCUUAUUGACUUCUUUGUCCCCUUCCUGCCACUGGAAUACUGCCAUGUGCGGCUGUGUGUCCGGGAUGCCUUCCUGAGCCAGGACCUCCAGUACACAGAAGAGGCCCUGGAUGAAAUCGCCAAGAUGAUGACGUAUGUCCCCGAGGAGGAGCGGCUUUUCUCCUCCCAGGGCUGCAAGUCCAUUGCCCAGAGAAUCAACCUCUCCCUGCCUUGAAAGUGACUCACUGUGCUCACUGGAUCUGCCAGGCACCCCGGCAGCCAGCGCCACUGCUCCAGCUGGCGUGCAGGAGGCGGACCUGAAAACCACUUGGUGCCUUAAAGACCUACAUUCUAGAUAGUCUAGAAUGCAGGCCAGGAAGUCAGAAAGCCAUCGGGAAGUCCAGGUGCCAAAGGGUUCCCAGAAUUCUCUUGCAGUCUGCUGGCGCCGCAGCUCUCCGCAGGCUGCAGGACUUGAGCGUAGUCUGUGGUCGCAGGAUUCCUGGGCUACAGAACAUGGAAGGAUGGACAUCUGUGGCUCAACGGGAGUGUGCUCCAUCCAGUCUGUAGGUGUGGGCUGGCUUUCUGGAGGAAGGGGGGCAGCUUCUGUGUGUGAGCAGAACAGU